GCCGCAGGCAGCCAAGGGGACGGGAGGAACGUGCCGGGCUCUGAGUUUGUGUUCCUAGAAGCAGGGCCCUGCCCGCCCGGCAGCCCCCCACCCCGCCGGCUGGGAACGAGCUGCGGCUGGAAAGCUCUAGAAACAAAUUGCAGCGCCGGUGCCAAAGGCAACAGCAGCCUCGGCCAUGGCUAAUGCAGGCAGCGUUUUCCAUAGCAACAGGGACCCACACGGGGGCUGGCUGACCCCUCCCGGAGCCCUCCUCAGAGCCGGAGCGCAGCGGCGGCGGUGGUGGUGGUGGCAGCGGGGCCCCUCGCGGUGCCAAGCCCCCCCCGUGCCCCCCCCCUCGGCACCAUGCCCUCCAGCGGAGCCCUCGAUGCCAGCAGCCCCGCGCCGGACCGCGAGGCGCAUGACACGCACAAGGGGGAAGAGGAGCAGGAGGAGCACCCGAGCAAGGAGGAGAAGCAGGAGCCAGGGACGCCCAUGAGGAAGGCCGGGCGGCCCGGGCGGAAGCGCAAACACGCCCAGGUGGAAAGCAGUGACACACCCAAAGACACGGCGGCCGUCCCCAAGUGCCCCCCUCCCUGCCCAGAGGCCAGCCCUGCCGAGCCACUGCCCAACGGGGACCUGGAGGCGGACGGAGCCCAGUGGAAGGGCGCGGAGGAGGGCGGCGCGAGCCCCAAAAGCGGGCGCCCCGAGGAGGACGAGACGGAGAGCCUGGCGGAUGGCGAGACGGGCCGGGCGCUGGAGAACGGCCGCUGCACCCCCAAGGAGGGCCUGGACGCCCCAGCCGAUGAGGGUGAGCUGGCCCCUUCCGACCCCCAGAAGAAACGCGGGAGGAGGAAACUCCUGGAGGCCACAGAGAAAAGCAAGGAGGAGAAGGAGGAAAACAACUUCGACAGCCUGAAAAUGGAGGGCUCCCGCGGGCGGCUGCGGGGCGGGCUGGGCUGGGAGUCGAGCCUGCGGCAGCGCCCCAUGCAGCGGCACACCUUCCAGGCAGGGGACCCCUACUACAUCAGCAAGAGGAAGCGCGACGAGUGGCUGGCACGCUGGAAGAGAGAGGCGGAGAAGAAGGCAAAAGUGAUCGCCGUGAUGAACGUGGUGGAGGAGACGCCGCGGGCCGAGCCGCAGAAGGAGGAGGAGGCCAGCCCCCCCGCCUCGCAGCAGCCCACUGACCCUGCCUCGCCCAACGUGGCCACCACGCCUGAGCCUGUGGUGGCCGACGCUGUCGACAAGAACACAUCCAAGUCAGCCGAUGACGAGCCCGAGUACGAGGACGGUCGGGGCUUCGGCAUCGGCGAGCUGGUGUGGGGCAAGCUACGUGGCUUCUCCUGGUGGCCGGGGCGCAUCGUGUCCUGGUGGAUGACGGGACGCAGCCGGGCAGCCGAGGGCACCCGCUGGGUGAUGUGGUUCGGGGACGGCAAGUUCUCAGUGGUCUGCGUGGAGAAGCUCCUGCCCCUCAGCUCCUUCUCCAGCGCCUUCCACCAGGCCACCUACAACAAGCAGCCCAUGUACCGCAAAGCCAUCUACGAGGUGCUGCAGGUGGCGAGCAGCAGAGCAGGGAAGAUCUUCCCGGCGUGCCCCGAGAACGACGAGACAGACACCUCCAAGGUGGUGGAGAUCCAGAACAAGCAGAUGAUCGAGUGGGCGCUGGGCGGCUUCCAGCCCUCCGGCCCCAAGGGCCUGGAGCCUCCCGAGGAGGAGCGCAACCCCUAUAAAGAAGUUUACACAGAGAUGUGGGUCGAGCCAGAAGCCGCUGCCUACGCGCCACCCCCACCCGCCAAAAAGCCCCGGAAAAGCACAACAGAGAAACCCAAGGUCAAGGAGAUCAUCGAUGAGCGCACCCGAGAGCGACUGGUCUACGAGGUGCGGCAGAAAUGCAGAAACAUUGAAGAUAUCUGCAUCUCCUGCGGGAGCCUCAACGUCACCCUGGAGCACCCUUUGUUUAUCGGGGGAAUGUGCCAAAACUGCAAGAACUGCUUUCUGGAAUGCGCGUACCAGUACGAUGACGACGGAUACCAGUCCUACUGCACCAUCUGCUGCGGAGGGCGUGAGGUGCUCAUGUGUGGCAACAACAACUGCUGCAGGUGUUUCUGUGUGGAGUGUGUGGACCUGCUGGUGGGGCCGGGGGCUGCGCAGGCAGCCAUCAAGGAGGACCCCUGGAACUGUUACAUGUGCGGCCAUAAGGGCGUCUACGGGCUCCUGCGGCGGCGCGAAGAUUGGCCGUCACGCCUCCAGAUGUUCUUCGCCAACAACCAUGACCAGGAGUUUGAUCCGCCCAAGGUAUACCCGCCUGUCCCCGCCGAGAAGAGGAAGCCCAUCCGUGUGCUGUCGCUGUUCGAUGGCAUUGCCACCGGCCUGCUGGUGCUGAAGGACCUGGGCAUCCAGGUGGACCGCUACAUCGCCUCCGAGGUGUGCGAGGACUCCAUCACUGUGGGCAUGGUGAGGCACCAGGGCAAGAUCAUGUACGUCGGAGACGUCCGAAACGUCACCCAGAAACACAUACAGGAGUGGGGCCCCUUCGACCUGGUCAUCGGGGGCAGCCCCUGCAACGACCUCUCUAUUGUGAACCCAGCCAGGAAGGGGCUGUAUGAGGGCACCGGGCGCCUCUUCUUUGAGUUCUACCGCCUCCUGCACGAAGCGCGGCCCAAGGAGGGUGAUGACCGACCCUUCUUCUGGCUCUUUGAGAACGUGGUGGCCAUGGGGGUGAGCGACAAAAGGGACAUCUCGCGCUUCCUCGAGUCCAACCCUGUCAUGAUUGAUGCCAAAGAGGUGUCUGCGGCGCACCGGGCGCGGUACUUCUGGGGUAACCUUCCCGGUAUGAACAGGCCGCUGGCGUCCACAGUCAAUGACAAGCUGGAACUCCAGGAGUGCCUGGAGCACGGCAGGAUAGCCAAGUUCAGCAAAGUGCGAACCAUCACCACUCGCUCCAACUCCAUCAAGCAGGGCAAAGACCAGCACUUCCCCGUCUUCAUGAACGAGAAGGAAGACAUCCUGUGGUGCACAGAGAUGGAGAGGGUGUUUGGCUUCCCGGUGCACUACACGGACGUGUCCAACAUGAGCCGCCUGGCCCGGCAGAGACUGCUCGGCAGAUCCUGGAGCGUGCCGGUGAUCCGCCACCUCUUUGCGCCCCUCAAGGAGUACUUCGCCUGCGUUUAGGAGAGCCGGACGGGGACUGUGCCACGGAGCGCGUCGGAACCGAACCAUCCAUGCCAAGAGAAGAGAAAACGCGGAGCGAGAGAAGAGCCAGCACCCAGCAGAGAGACGGGAGCACGGCGCGGCGGCCGCCGGCACGCGCCUCCCCGAGCGCAGGGCUCGGGGCCUCCCCAUCCCCAACGAUCAGCUUUCAGCCUAUUUAAAACCAGGAGAAAAAAAAAAAUUAAAAAAAAAAUGAAUAAAUAAACCGCACCAGGACAAAAAAAGAAAACAAAAGGAA